AUGCAGGUUGACGGAACUGGUCUCAUUACCCUCCAGAUGGACGUCGACUACAACGUUGAGUUCCCCGACAUUCAAAAGGAGCCCAGAAAUCCCGAGGAUUUCAACGAAUACCUGCGAAGCUUUGACAUCGAGUGCACCCCCGAAUUCUGGGGUAGAAAUGCAUCCUUCAUGCGAAUGACUGUCUGCGGCAAAUGGGUUGGAAAUCACGCACCUGAGCCCCUAAACGAGAGUGGAAUGGCCGUGUUCGAGGUGGGUGUCCCAACCGGCUACGUUUCGCUCAACAAUGAACUGCGUGACUACGUGCGAAGCCGUGCCGUCCCCAGUCUUCGCUACGCCCGGUUCCGCCCGGGAACCGUCCAUUUCUUCUUCGAUAAGGUGACCGUCAUUGGAAUUUUGCUUGCCAAUUGCUGCUUUGAUAGACAACCUCCACGCCACAUCGCCGGCUGGCGUGAUAGUUUAACUUUAGGCGUUACGAGCAAUUGCGGAGGUGAGAUUGGUUGGUGGCUAUAUCAACCAUAUAUGCAGACACAUUUUUAA